GGCUGGAGCACGCGAGAAAGAAGCCUGGCCGGCUCCAACGUACUAGUACUACCUACCCCACAUUACGAGCUACCUAUCAGGUAGGCCUAGCGUAUGCCAAUGGUUGCAGACGCUUCAAAUUCAUUGUGAAGCUUGAAGGCUCCACAUUUGCGGAAGCACUCUCUCGUGCAGCGCUCCUUGAUCCAGGAAGUACGCUUCUCUGCUGCCAUUGGCGUUGGCGACUGUUGGUGGAACCACCAAACUAAGCAGCAUAUCCCAGCCUUCAAUCACCCGCUCGCUGCCAAAGGACGUCAUGAUGGAGCCCGCAAAGGAGUCCGACUUUGCGCCAGCGGGGGCGGCCAAGGAGGCUGAGAUGAGCGAGAUGGGCGCCGGAAAGGGGCGCGCCUCUGCACGGGUGCACGACAAGAAUCUGGACUCGAUUCUGCACGAGGAGCUGGACGACCGUCUGCCAAUCACCAGCAACCGCACCGCCAAGUGGUACUACUCCGCAUUCCACAAUGUCACUGCCAUGGUCGGGGCAGGAGUUCUGGGGCUGCCCUACGCUUUCAAGUACCUUGAGUGGCCCGGCGGCACCAUCGUGCUAACGCUGUCCUUUAUAGUGACGCUCUACACGCUGUGGCAGCUCGUCUACUUGCACGAGUUCGUGCCCGGGCGCCGCUUCAACCGCUACCACGAGCUGGGCCAAUAUGCGUUCGGUCCCAAGCUCGGCCUGUGGCUCACGGUGCCCUGGCAGCUGUGUGUCAUGGUCGGGUUAGGCGUCACCUACUCGGUUACCGGUGGCCAGUCCCUGCAGCGCUUCUACGAACUGGUUUGCACCAGCCACCAGAUCAAGGGCGGGGUACAGGUUUGCAAACCCGAAUUGAGGGAGACUUGGUGGAUCCUCAUUUUCUCGGCGCCGCACCUGCUCGCCGCACAGCUUCCCAACUUCAACGCACUGUCAGCGAUCUCGUUCAUGGGCGCGGUCAUGUCCCUCAGCUAUUCCACGAUUGCGUUUGCCACGUCACUCAACGUCGGAAAGCAGCCCGGGGUUGAGUACAACCUCAAGGGCCACACCACUGCUGACGUCGUUUUCAACGUCUUCAACGCUCUGGGCACCGUUUGCUUCGCCUACGGGGGGCACAACGUGGUUCUGGAAAUCCAGUCGAGCAUGCCGUCUACCAAGGAGGGCGCUCCCCCUUCCAAGAUCCCCAUGAUGCGGGGCGUCUACUUCGCGUAUGCCGUCGUCGCAGCGUGCUACUUCCCGGUCGCAAUCACCGGGUACUGGGCCUUCGGAAACCUAGUCCAGGACAACAUUCUCAAGUCGGUCGGGAAGCCGAUCUGGGUGGUCGCUAUGGCGAAUCUUAUGGUGGUCGUCCACGUGUUCGCAUCGUAUCAGCUCUAUACCCACCCCGUCUUUGACAUGAUCGAGACCGUGAUGCUGCGCAAGGGGAUCAACAACACCGGCGUCAUGCGCAUCACUUACCGGACCUUCUACGUCCUCGGCACCACUUUCUUGGCGAUUACCUUCCCCUUCUUUGGCGACCUGAUGGGACUGCUGGGAGCGCUCGGGAAUGCGCCCAUGACCUUCUUCAUGCCCGCCAUCAUUUGGAUCGUCCUGAUCAAACCAAAGAUGGGCUCCUUCAGCUGGGCCUGGAACUGGUUUAUUAUCGUCACUUUCGUGGGCGUAAUGAUUGUCGCCUUCAUCGGGUCGCUGCGUAACAUUAUUGUGGACGCGAGCACCUACAAGUUCUACCAGUAGGGUGCGCGAGCGCACGAAUUUGACCGGUAGAGACGGUGGUCGCGUCUCUGAUUUGAGCUACCAGGUUUUACCAGACUCAGCAAAGCGCGCGCGCAGAAGCUUUGAAGCCCGCGAGUCUUUGUCUUGGUGUAUGGGACAGUAGUCUGUCAUUUAAUCCACUAAGAUAUGGCAAGUAUCGCAUAACGUCUAGAAGAGUAGGUCGGAAGUUACUGUAUUAAGGGCAAUGCUACUUCGCAUGGAUUUUCCAGUGAAUGCACUCACUCUAGGGUCUUCACGAUUUAAGUACCUUCUGAUUCAAAAUUUUUGAAAUGUUGGAGGUUGUUGGAGGUUGACCCUAGAAUAGAGCGGUCAGUGUCAAAUGUAAGGUAGUGCCAAGACGCAGUAGUCCGGUUGUAGUUUAUUCAGAUCUUUCGAAGCACAAUCCGCAAAUCGACGGGGCUUGUAAAGUAUGCGAACAAAGCAAGCAAGGCUGGGGUGUUGCAUUCAAGGUCAAUAGGAAGUCAGCAGUGCUGCAACGCGGAUCUAAAAGGUCAGUGGACAGUUGUACAGAUACUGCUGAAGUAUGGUAGGCAUCGUUAAGGUCAAGAUGGGCUUCCUUCGGGCUUGCAUUGCCUUCCGUCUCUAACUUGACUAGUAUUUUGUUAGUGCAACCACGUACGGUAACAAUGAUUAGUUGAUGGGUCGGAUGGACCGGAUUGCAACACUGAUAGGCCACGCAUGAGGAAUGAGUAUACUCAGUGGUGAAUAAACAUCGUCGAAUGACGGCCGAGUCACAAUCACGUUACAUGUGAGACCUUGCCCAGCAAAUGAUUGCUUCUAAAUACGUUGAUAUUGAACGCC